UCCAGGUGAAGCUAAUGAAAGAGGAAUUUGGGUAUGAUGAUGGAUUCAACUACAAUAAAGAAGCAGAUUUUGAUGCUGCUUUAAGCAAGUAUUUUCCUGAUGGUAUUGAUGUUUAUGUGGAUAAUGUUGGUGGGAAGAUGCUUGAAGCUGUUCUUAACCAUGUCAACAAGCAUGCAAGGAUACCACUUUGUGGAAUGAUAUCUCAAUAUAAUAAGGUUUGGACUGAAAGAGAUGGCGUUAGGAAUCUUCUGAAUAUGGUAGGCAAGGAAGUGAGAAUGGAAGGUUUUAUGAUUGGUUCGCAUUUUAAUCGCUUUGAUGAUUUUGCUAAGGAGAUGAAGAAAUAUAUAAAAGAGGGCAAGGUUAAGGCCAAGCAUAAAAUAAACAUUGGUAUUGAGAGCGUUUUAGAUAGCUUAAAUUCCUUAUUUACAAGCUCUAAUGUUGGAAAAGUCAUUAUCCAAUUUAAUGCACAGUGACAAAAAAAUAUGUGCAUGACAUGGAGUUCGUGAUAUUAUGUGGGCAUCAGAUAUUGAACCCUAGCUCCACUCUUUCAUAGUCCGUUG